ACAAGUUGGUCGAGAGGGGGAUGAGCCAAACGCCAACCAUGAUGGCCGUGUGAAACCGCAGCUUGUUGACAGGCAGAUAAACAAGCAGUGCCCAACUCGACACCCACCCGCAAAAAACCCGAUUGCUCCCACGAGGAGCGAUGUCUCACCACAAGGAAAAAAGGAAAGGUGGACUGGGCGUCUUUCUUCACGUCCAAAAACCAGCACAAGCAGUCCACGUUACAAGCAGGCCUCCAAGCAGGCCUCCAAGAUUGCGACCUUGAGUCCGGAGACAGCCAGGACUCCUGUUCCUCCCUCUCAAGAUGGCAAAGGCUACAUCACGCCAACCGUACUGCAAAAAAUACUGGAUGCCCAAUCCAAGCAGUUCCAGACAUCACUAACAGAAAUGAAAAAAGAAAUCCACGAUAUCAGAGACCGGACAGCCCAUCUGGAAGU